CAGAUGAACAUGUAACGUUGAAAAACAGCAUUUCUAUAAUUACGUGAGUUUCAAUUUAGAUACACUUAUGGAAGACCGGUCAAAGGCGUGGCUUGUGUGACUGCAAAAUCGGUAUACGACUAUCGUUAUCGUCUACCUCGAACGCGUGCGUCACAAACAUGCAAAAAGAUCGAUGGAAUUACCAACUUCAACAUGUUACUAGGAUCAAACUUUUAUGUAUCUAGAAUCUACUAUAAGCGAUAUUUGUCCCACGUCGAGUUCAAUGUAACAGUAAUAGAAAAAGGAACACAGACAGCAAUCAAUUCAACAGAGACGGUAGUAACAUCCGAAUAUGAUUAUGUUGCCAGCUUCCUACCGGGAUCACCCAGAAUGUUUAAACCAGGACUGCCUUUCACCCUAAAGGUCAAUGUAAUGACUCCUGAUUUGGUGCCGUUUUUCAAUCGAACCAACGUCACCUUGGACUUUUUUGUAUCGCAAUAUCCAUCAAACAGAAAAAUUCAUUCUACUGUUGUUGAGGCUAUCAACGGUACGGCAGAAUUUGAAGUGUUUUUGGAAAGAAAUCAUUUUAGUAACGACAUCGUCGUAAAGGCGAUAGUCGAUUCCGCAAAUACAGCCAUACACACAAUUCAAGUAAAUGGUUUUAUCGGUAAACCUCAGAUCACCACCAGAUCAGAAGAAGAAUUAUUAUUUCCUGGUAGCAAUGAGUUGACAUUCUACACAACUCAAGCGGUCGAAACAAAUUUGUUUUUGCUGUCAUCCUCAAAAGGAGCACUUCUGCGUUCCUGGACUAAAACAGUGAAAGCGAAAAAGUCUGGAAAGUAUUUGGGAUUAUACGAAUUUCGUAUUUCUAUUGAUGUCAGCUGUGCAAUGACUCCUCAGUUUCAUCUCGUUUCCUACUAUAUCGGAGAGAAAAACACCGCAAUUGCUGAUGUCAUCACAUUGAGAGUGCAGCCCUGUUUUCAACACAAGGUCAACGUGGCUUUUAACUUAAAUGAGACAAAACCUGGAAGAAACAUACAAAUGUCGAUAACAGCAGAUCCUGGUUCGAUGGUAUUAGCUGAAAUGUCAAAAUACGACGUUCAUUCUAGCAUUUCCGACGACGACGAAUCGAGUUUGUAUAGUUUAAGCAACCCAGUAACCGGUGGUUUGAGAGACUGGUGGAGAUCGUGGUGGCCCAACGCUGAAUUUCCUCAAUCAUUUCGAGCGGCAGGUAUAGCAGUCAUGAGCAGUUACCACUUUGAAGGUAAAAAGGUUUAUCGCUUCAAACGUCAAGUUGGUUCGGGUGACGGCGGAGAAGACGAGGAAGGUGGUUUAGCUGGCAUUGGCAGAGUAAGAACUUUCUUUCCCGAAACGUGGCUGUGGGAAGAUCACAUCGCAGAUGCUAACGGCCAUGUGGUGUUGAACUUGACAGUUCCUGAUACUGUCACUACGUGGGUGGCCGACGCGUUCGCUAUCUCAGAAUCUUCAACUUUUGGAAUAGCCGAGAUGCCUGCAACUGUCUUAGCGUUUCAACCAUUUUUCGUGUCGCUCAGUCUUCCAUAUUCGGUCAUUCGAGGAGAAGAGAUGACUGUGAUCGCUACAGUCUUUAAUUAUUAUCACGAAAAUCUCACGGUGUUGGUGGUACUUGAGAAGCAAUUAUCAGAAUUUAGAUUUUCCGACGGAGACGGCAGUAAGAGAAAUACGACUAUCUUAGUUCAGUCAAAAGACAGCGCUACCGUUCGUUUCCAUAUCGUACCGUUGCAAUUGGGAUACAUUCCGCUCAAAGUAUUGGCCUAUUCCUCAUUAGAUUCCGACGCAGUGUUGAGGACUCUUUUAGUAGAACCGGAAGGAGUUGAAAAACGUGAUUCUCAAAGUGCUUUUGUUUCUUCAUCAACUAAUUUAGAAUUUCCUCUGGAAUUGCCGAAUUAUGUCGUCAAUGGUUCCGCUAGGGUCGUCUUGUCUAUGACAGGUGAUUUCAUAGGUCCCGCCAUAAGCUGCCUUGGUUCCCUUUUAAGAAUGCCAUAUGGAUGUGGAGAACAGAACAUGAUCAACUUUGCUCCAGCCGUCUAUAUCAGAAAGUAUCUCGUAGAAACCGAUAGCCUUACGCCCGCGACGGACCAAAACACGAGAAAAAUAAUGAGUACAGGUUAUCAGAGAGAAUUGACGUACCAAAGAAGAGACGGCUCGUACGCUGCUUUCGGAGAUCGCAGUAGGAAAGGAAGCUUGUGUCUGACAGCUCUCGUUAUGCGUGUUUAUGCUCAAGCGUUACCGUACAUGUACAUCGACAUCGAAUCGAUGAGCCGGUCGCUUUGUUGGUUGAUAAAUCAGCAAAGUGAGGACGGAUCUCUAGGAGUGAAAGUUGACGUCAUACACGGAGGAUUGUAUUGUGCAUCGGUCGGCUCAAAAGAAACUGUUCAAUUAGAAUUAACGGCAUACAACAUAAUGGCACUUUUAGAAGUGAAACGCAAAUUGAAAAACAAGGUAAUUCAUUGA